GUUUUCUUUAGUUAAAAGAUCAAACGGAAAGGGACGGAAAAAGGCAUAACAGCGAGACAAAUGGCGGUAGAAGUUGACGAGAACGACCUAAAAUCCGCCGGAGCUGAGCUGUUAACCGACGGUCGUCGCGGUGUUCGCAUAAAUGGCUGGGAAAUAGUUUCUCACAAUGGCUCUAUACUCACCUCCUCCAUUUAUGAACAGUGGGAACAAAAGCUUGAGACGUCUCACUUACCGGAGAUGGUUUUUGGCGAUAGCUCUUUAGUGCUUAAACAUGCGGAUAGUGGGAUUAAAAUCCAUUUCAAUGCCUUUGAUGCCCUUAAGGGCUGGAAGCAGGAAGCUUUGCCCCCUGUUGAAGUUCCUGCAGCGGCACAAUGGAAAUUCAGAAGCAAACCAUCACAGCAGGUGAUACUAGAUUAUGACUAUACAUUCACGACACCAUAUUGUGGAAGUGAAACAAUUGAGGUAGAUCCUGAGAAGAAUGGAAGUGGGGAAAUCAUGGAGGCAAGCUCAAGUCUUCAUUGGGAGGACUGUGAAGAGCAAAUUGACGCGGCUUCUCUGGCAUCAAACGAGCCUAUUCUUUUCUAUGAUGAGGUAGUCUUGUAUGAAGACGAGCUUGCUGAUAAUGGAGUGUCGUUGUUAACUGUGAAAGUGAGAGUCAUGCCAAGCUGUUGGUUUCUUCUUUUGCGAUUCUGGCUUAGAGUUGAUGGAGUCUUAAUGAGACUAAGGGAGACUCGUGUGCAAUGCAUUUUUGGCGGUGGUGGUGCUAACCCUGCCAUUCUUCGGGAAAGUUGCUGGAGAGAAGCCACUUUCCAGUCCAUUUCUGAUAAAGGGUAUCCUUCUGAUUCUGCUGCAUAUAGUGAUCCAAGCAUCAUCAGCCAGAGGAUUCCUGUCAUCAUGCAUAGGAAUCAAAAGCUUAAAGUCCAUGGUAAUUUGUAAUGCUGUGGAUUAUCUUCAUGCAUAAACAGUUGUACUAAUUGUGGCCGUGGAUAAUUUAUUUUUCUUUCAAGUGGAUUAUUUUUGCA